CCACUAGCUGCGCUGCCGCUCCGUCCCCUUCGCCCGUCAUCGAUCUACAGUAUUCCAGUAUUCCACUGAUCGUCGUUCUCUUCGAUAACUGGAAGGCGAAGCUGCGCAAGACGUCUCUUGCUUUUUGCCCGUGAUAAUACAGCCGAUUCCGUGCCCAUCUGUUGGCGUUCGCCAUCGAUUCGACGCUCCGUGUUUAGAUUGUUGUUGUUAUUGCUAACACAAUAAGUCGGUGUAAAUAUGCCAGCGACAAACCGAAAAAAGUCUGGAGGCAACAAAUUUGAGUUCAGUGAAAAACAGAUGGCUGAUAUAAAAGAAGCGUUUGAAUUGUUUAACGUAAAUGAAUCUGGGACAAUCGAAACCAAAGAGCUAAAGGUAGCUAUGAGGGCCUUGGGAUUUGAACCAAAAAAAGAAGAAAUCAAACGUAUGUUGCUUAACAUAAAUAAACAGCAUACUGGCGUCAUAACAUAUGAUGAUUUUGUCACUUUGAUGUCCAUAAAAAUGGCAGAUAAAGAUUCAAGAGAAGAAAUUAUAAAAGCAUUUAAACUGUUUGAUGAUAAUUGUACAGGAAAAAUAACAUUCUCCAAUUUAAAACGUAUUGCCCAAGAAUUAGGCGAGAAUAUUGCCGAUGAAGAACUUCAGGAAAUGAUAGACGAAGCAGAUAAAGAUGGUGAUGGUGAAGUCAGUCAAGAAGAAUUUCUUCAAAUUAUGAAGAAAACCAAUUUAUAUUAAAUAUAUAUUACAUCCUUGUUCUAUCAAAAACAUAUUAUUUAUUUGUGUAUACACUAUUUUGUAUUAAUUCUUCACAGUUACCAUUUAUAAUUAACUUCCUAACACUUAAUAUUUUGUGGGCCAGUCAUAUUUUCUUUAUACAAUAAAAACAGAAUGUUUCCUCAAAAGAA